AUGGAGUCAGAAUGUGACACAUGUUGUGAAAGUGAGCAUAUGUACAACACCUCCGUGGGAGAAAUAUUUCCUGCAAUCAUAACCAGAACUUUCGAUGAGGCAUUUGCCGCUGAAGACUCAUUCUUCCAACACUUAUUGUCUUUUCGAAUGUUCCGCUAUGCUCGCACAGCUUUGGGCUUAGGCAAGCUUCCUUGGGAUAUGUUGUUCGUAUUGGCAAGAAAUGUGAAGAAAUGGCUGUCCUACGUUGUGGCUCCUGAAUGGCUGAAAACCAAGAUAAAUGCGAUUGUUGACUUUGUGUUGAUGGAGCUAGAACGUCAGAAAUCACGUUACAGCCAGUUCUCUUGCUUAUUGCCCGUUCCCGAAAUUAGCUAUCUGUCGAACAACUAUGUGAGAAAAGAACCUGAUAUUGAACUAAGCGAAGAUGCGCGAAAAGAAUUGGCCUUCAUUAGAGAGAGUGACAAAAGAAAGAAAGCUAAAUUGGAUACACGGGCCGCUGUCACUACUUCGAAAGACUGGGCAGCGUUCGACGAUGCAGAAGACGAGGAUUCAUUUCAACAUGUUAUUCAAUACAGCAAAAACCACGACUCUAUGUAUCAGUUCCAUUACUUGGAUGAGAAUAACAGGCUGCGUAAAUUCGAACUCUUCAACAUGGCGGAGCCCAACAAGCGAUAUGAAUGUCAUGCAUCUCAUAAGCUUUCAGAUCUAAAUAUUGUUGAGGCAGUGCUGGAAGAAGAAGCUGAGCUCACUGAGGAGUAUGGUGAAUCAUCUAACAAAGCAGAAGAGGUAGACUCAGGUCUCUCCGGAGUAGAAGUUCAAACGGAUACCAGUCACCGUGACGCUUGUUGUUCUCCCGUACAAUAUUUCCCUGCUCCUUUGCGAAUGAGUAGCCGUUCUAAGGGUUCCAGUCGGCGUCAUACUGCCGCUGGAGGAACGACUAAUCAACCUUCAUCUAGGUGAGG